AUGAAUAAAGAUACGUGUCGAGCCGGGAUGCCGAAACGUGGGGGUUCUCAGAAUCUUUCAGAAACGGAAAGGUUGCAGCAGUCUAAAAGACGUAUGUUUUUUUAUUUUAAGCAUACUUUCUUAAUAGCAAAGUUGCUACCGGCACAGCGGAAAUCCGAUGAACGACCGACCAAAAAGCGACAGUGGAAAAAUCGGGAACGGACAUUAUUUAUUUGUUCGCGGGGUGUUUCAGCACUUGGUCGGCAUCUUAUGAAGGAUCUUAUUGGUAUGAUGCCACACUCGAAGUCAGAAUCAAAAGUGGACACGAAGAAAGAUCUUCCAGUUAUAAAUGAACUUGCUGAUAUCCGAAAUGCUACAAAGGUGGUGUUUUUUGAGGGUCGGAAGAAGCACGACCUGUAUAUGUGGAUCAGCUGCAUUCCUGGUGGCCCUUCAGCCAAGUUUUUGGUAGAGAAUAUGAGCACAACUGCAGAAUUAAAAAUGACAGGCAAUGCUCUUCGCUAUAGUCGACCAAUUCUAUCAUUUGAUCCUAGCUUCGACAAUCCGGAAUUCCCGUACCUUAGGCUUCUCAAAGAAACCUUUGUGCAGUCAUUUGGAACGCCCAAUUUUCACCCAAAAAUGCAACCAUAUACUGACAAGGUUUUAUCAUUUAUAUACUUUGCCGGUCGAAUUUGGGUUCGCGUUUACCAAGUCGUUGAAGAAAGCGCUGCUUUAUCCGAGAUUGGCCCACGUUUCUCUCUUUUCCCCAUGAAAAUAUUCCUCGGAAGCUUUAGCGGAGCUGUUAUCUGGGAAAACCCGAAAUAUAUUUCGCCAAAUAAGAUCCGCCAAGCAUUGCGGUUCGGUAAGAAAACCAAGUACAUGGAAAGAUCGGAGGCUAGAAAGAGGUCGCAGAAACGCAAGACCCUCCAGACCGUCAUUCAUGAAGUUGACGAAACCGACGAGGUCUUUGCAUAG